AUGGCCGUCACUCCUUCUAAGCCGCGCCAUGAGGUCGUCACGUGUAAGACCAUCGACGGAAUCACGCUGGAGGGAUGGUUCUAUCCGGUCGAGGGCCCUGCGCCCGCUAUUGUGAUGACCCACGGUUUCAACUGCGUCAAAGAGAUGAGUCUCUCGGACACAGCCGAGGGCUUCCAGAGAAGAGGCUACAAUGUGUACCUCUACGACUCCCGCAGCGUCGGAGCCAGCGGCGGACACCCGCGCAACCAGAUCGAUCCCCUGCAGAUGGCCGAAGAUGUUUCAGAUGUUGUAAGCCACGUGAUGUCACUGCCGAGUGUUGAUCCGGCCAAGGUGUUCCUCUGGGGCAUGUCCCUGGGCGGCACCGUCAGCGCCGUGGCGGCCAUCGUGGACCGGCGGGUGGCUGGCGUGCUGAUGGUCUGCCCCAUCUUCCACUUUGUGCGGCCGGACCGGAGGACACGCGCCUUUGCGCAGCUCAUGCGCGACCGCGUCUCGCAGCUUCGCGGCAACGAGCCAUACACGCUGCAGCCGUUCAACAGCAAGGGAGAGAACCCGAUCGGUAUGGCCGGUGCCGGUGGCCCCGGCGGACGCGAGGCCUACGUGCUGAUGCGCACCGCGGUCGAGCGAGGCCAUCCGAGCUUUCGCGACCGCAUCACCCUGCAGACCUACCACAAACUUGCCCUCUUCCAGCCCCUCCCGCUCAUGGAUUUGCUGGAAGAGGUGCCUGUCAUGAUGAUGGUGCCUGAGCUUGACGACAUGUCGCCGGCCGCCGAUCAGCGGACGGCCUUUGAGCGUCUGCGGGUGCCCAAGAAGAUGUACUUUGCCGAGGGCAGGGGCCACAUGACCAUUCUCACGGGGGAGGGAACCGAGGACAUCUUCGAGGCCAUGGUCGGCUUCUUUGACGACGUAUCCUCGUCGCGCUUUGUGUCCGACUCCUGA